GCAAAAAGGGCGCCAAGAUAGAUAUACGCCAUGACUUCAGCGACACCACCCGAGGGCUCGAUAUCAUCCAAGCCUACCAUUCUGCAUCUAGGCGACGACAUCCGAUGGAACCAUGACCUGUACGCAGAGCUACAGAGCAAGUUCCACAUUGUACGCACCUACUCCAUGGCAAGACAAGACUUUAUCCACGCCUUGCGAGACAAGCGGUGGGGCGACUUUGUAGGCAUGUACCGCCCGUUUUGGAACACCGGGGGUGAAAUGGGCAAUUGGGAUGAAGAACUCAUUUCUCUCCUCCCGUCAUCCUGUAAAAUCUACGCUUCCGCUGGCGCAGGCUUCGACUGGGUCGAUACGCGCACCCUCGCCCAACAUGGAACCAUAUACUGUAACUCGGCGUCUGCUUGUACCGAAUCCGUCGCCGACGCCGCCAUUGUCCUGAUUCUCUCCUGCUACCGCGCCAUACCCUGGUCUUUUCUCGCCGCCCGCUCCCUUUCGCCUGACGCCUUUUCAAACGCAAACCGCAACAUUGGUGCCGUCACGCACAAUCCCAAUGGCAGCAUACUGGGCAUUAUUGGCCUGGGACGAAUUGGAAUGCGCAUUGCCGAGAAAGCCACGCGAGCAUUUGAAAUGCGCGUUGCCUACUAUGAUGUUGUGCGCAUGCCCGAGGAGAGGGAGAAGAGCGUCGGCGCAACCUAUUGUGCUACGCUGCCAGAGUUACUAGCCAUGUCGGAUUGCGUCCUGGUUGCUACGCCAUUCAAUGGCGAGACGCUGCUGUCUACGGCCCAGUUCCAGCAGUUCAAGCACGGCGCGCGUCUGGUGAAUAUCGCAAGGGGCAAAUUGAUAGAUGAGGAGGCGCUGAACAAGGCCAUGGAUGAUGGAACCGUUUCUGCCGCUGGCCUCGAUGUGCAUGCCAAUGAGCCGCAUGUGAACCCCAGGUUAGCGACGAGGGACAACGUCAUGGUCUUGAGUCAUACGGCGGGUGCGAGCGUCGAGAGCCACGUGGGGUUUGAGCGGUUGGGAAUGGAAAAUUUGCUUGGGUGGCUGAAGCAUGGGGAGAAGGGGUGUGUGAGUGCCGUGAAUUUGCACUGGUUGAAGAGAGAUUAGGCGGCGACAUGUUGGUAUUCACCAGCAUCACCAUGUUCAAUGGGCUGUCAAGGUACACAACGAGAAUGUAGUAUGUUUUGAAG